AUGCUGCAGGUGGGCGAGGCUGCCGGCUACUGCCAAAGUCACAAGGUUUUCCACCGUGACAUCAAGGCGGAAAACCUUCUGUUCAACUCCGACACCCUGGACAUAAAAUUGAUCGAUUUUGGCUGUGGUGAUUUGUGGCAGGACACGCCCUACGUGGAAUAUGCAGGAACCCCAGAUUUUUGGCCUCCAGAAUGGAUCCAGCAACAACAGUACUACGCCGACCAUGCUACCAUCUGGAGUCUGGGCAUUCUCCUAUACAGCUUAGUCUGUGGAGAAAUGCCCUUCAGUAAUGAGGAGGAAAUUGUUGCUGGGUCCCUCAAUUUCAUACCUGGCCUGUCUGAAGCCUGCCGCCAUCUGAUCAACUGGUGCUUAGAGCAAGAUCCCACCAAAAGACCAAGCCUGAAGCAGAUCAGUAAACAUGGGUGGUUCACAGAAGCCCUUCAGGUUAGCCAGAUGAUGAAUAGGCCAUGUUGGAUCAGACCAUCAGCACCCAACAAAUUCUAAUUACAAAUAAAUUAUAAUUCCUGUAAAUAAAUUAGAAAUACUUUAAAUAAAUCAUGAACC